CUGUCAUUCACCUGUAUGUUACCUGUCACUCACCUGUGCCUCACCUGUCUCACCUGUCCCCAGCCCCGCCCCCAGGCCGGCGCCUGGAAGAAGCUGGAGGCGUCGCACGAGUACAAGAACCACAACCAGCUGCGGGAGUACCAGCUGGAGGGCGUCAACUGGCUGCUCUUCAACUGGUACAACAGGCAGAACUGCAUCCUGGCGGACGAGAUGGGGCUGGGCAAGACGAUCCAGUCGAUCGCCUUCCUGCAGGAGGUGCACGGCGCAGGUGUGCGCGGCCCCUACCUGGUGAUCGCGCCGCUCUCCACCAUCGCCAACUGGGAGCGCGAGUUCGGCACCUGGACGGGCCUGAACACCAUCGUCUACCACGGCAGCCUGGCCAGCCGGCAGAUGAUCCAGCAGUACGAGAUGUACUGCAAGGACAGCAAGGUGAGCUCACCUGGGCACUGUGACACACCUGUGACACACCUCCUGGCCAGCCGGGAGAUGAUCCAGCAGUACGAGAUGUACUGCAAGGACAGCAAGGUGAGCUCACCUGGGCAUGUGACACACCUCCUGGGCAGCCGGCAGAUGAUCCAGCAGUACGAGAUGUACUGCAAGGACAGCAAGUGUAUGGGGUCUGUGACACACCUGUAUGGGGUUAAUGGCACACCUGUGCACACCUGUGCGCGCCACGGCAGCCUGGGCAGCCGGCAGAUGAUCCAGCAGUACGAGAUGUACUGCAAGGACAGCAAGGGCCGGCUGAUCCCAGGUGCGUACAAGUUCGACGCGCUGAUCACGACGUUCGAGAUGAUCCUGUCCGACUGCCCCGAGCUGCGCGAGGUGCAGUGGCGCUGCGUGGUCAUCGACGAGGCGCACCGGCUCAAGAACCGGCACUGCAAGCUGCUGGACAGCCUCAAGCACAUGGACCUGGAGCACAAGGUGCUGCUGACGGGCACGCCGCUGCAGAACACGGUCGAGGAGCUCUUCAGCCUCCUGCACUUCCUGGAGCCCUCGCAGUUCCCCUCCGAGGCCGAGUUCCUCAAGGACUUCGGCGACCUCAAGACCGAGGAGCAGGUGCAGAAGCUGCAGGCGCUGCUGAAGCCGAUGAUGCUGCGGCGGCUCAAGGAGGACGUGGAGAAGAACCUGGCGCCCAAGCAGGAGACCAUCAUCGAGGUGGAGCUGACCAACGCGCAGAAGCGCCUCUACCGCGCCAUCCUGGAGCGCAACUUCGCCUACCUGGCGCGCGGGGCGGGGCACGGCAACGUGCCCAACCUGCUCAACACCAUGAUGGAGCUGCGCAAGUGCUGCAACCACCCCUACCUCAUCAAGCCGCCGGACCUGGCGCUGCAGGCGCUGGUGCGCUCGGCCGGCAAGCUGGUGCUGCUGGACAAGCUGCUGCCGCGGCUGCGCGCCGGCGGCCACAAGGUGCUGGUCUUCUCGCAGAUGGUGCGCUGCCUGGACAUCCUGGAGGACUACCUCAUCCAGAAACGGUACCCGUACGAGCGCAUCGACGGGCGCGUGCGCGGCAACCUGCGGCAGGCGGCCAUCGACCGCUUCAGCCGGCCCGACUCGGACCGCUUCGUCUUCCUGCUGUGCACGCGCGCCGGCGGGCUGGGCAUCAACCUGACGGCCGCCGACACCUGCAUCAUCUUCGACUCCGACUGGAACCCCCAGAACGACCUCCAGGCGCAGGCGCGGUGCCACCGCAUCGGGCAGAGCAAGGCGGUGAAGGUCUACCGGCUGAUCACGCGCAACUCCUACGAGCGCGAGAUGUUCGACAAGGCCAGCCUGAAGCUGGGCCUGGACAAGGCCGUGCUGCAGUCCAUGAGCGGCCGCGAGGGCAGCAUCGCCGGGAUCCAGCAGUUCUCCAAGAAGGAGAUCGAGGACCUGCUGCGCAAGGGCGCCUACGCCGCCAUCAUGGACGAGGACGACGAGGGCGCCAAGUUCUGCGAGGAGGACAUCGAGCAGAUCCUGCUGCGCCGCACCACCACCAUCACCAUCGAGAGCGAGGGCAAGGGCUCCACCUUCGCCAAGGCGCUGCGGGUGGCCCUGUCGCGCGCGGGCUGUCGCGGCUUCGUGCAGGUGCUGGUGACGCGCGCGGCGGGGGCGGGGCUGGCGGCGCUCGUGCAGGGGGUGGGGCUGGGCGCGCUCCGCCCCAACGCCGUGCUGCUGGGCUGGCCCCGCCGCUGGCGGCAGCAGCCCGACCCCGCCGCGGCCGCCGGCGACUUCGUGGAGCUGCUGCGCCUGGCGGGAGCCGCGGGCCGGGCCCUGCUGGUGUCCAAGGGCGGCGCCGAGCCCGGCGCGGAGCCGGGGGCGUCCCCGGGGGUGUCGCCGUGCCCGGGGGUGUCCCCGGGGGUGUCGCCGUCGCCGGGGGUGUCCCCGCGGGGGUCGCUGGAUGUCUGGUGGGUGGUGGGCACCGGGCGGCUCCUGACGCUGCUGCCGCUGCUGCUGCGACAGCACCCGGUGUGGCGCGGGUGUCCCCUGCGCCUGUUCACGGUGGCGCUGCUGGAGGACAACAGCGAGCGGCUGCGGCGCCUGCUCGAGGCCGUGGUGCGGCGCCGGGGGCUGCCCGCGCAGGUGCACGUGGUGGAGCUGCACGACGGCGCGGUCUCUGAUUACACGUACGAGCGGACGCUGAUGAUGGAGCAGCGCUCGCAGAUGCUGCGCCAGCUGCGCCGCGCGCAGGUGACGUCACCGCCCCGCCCCGCCCGUGACGUCAUUGCACCUCCCGGUGAUGUCACCGCCCAGCCCCACCCCUCACAUGACGCCACCACCCUGCCCUGCCCCUCCCAUGACGUCACUGCCCUGCCCCGCCCCGCCCGUGACACCACUGCCCCGCCCCGCCCCGCCCAUGACGUCACUGCCCCCACCCUGCCUGUGAUGUCACCGCCCCGCCCCACCCGUGACGUCACCGCACCACCCCGUGACGUCAUCGCCCGUGGCCGCGUCUGUGACGUCAUCGCCGUCCCCUCGUUGUCAUUGCUCGUGUCCAUGAUGUCAUCGCCCUGUGGAGGCCACGCCCCCUCGCAGCCGCCCAGCGCCGAGGAGGAGGAGGAGGAGGGGGGAGGGGAGCCCCGGAGAGCGCCCAGCCCGGGGAACGUGCGGCGCAUGCACGCGGCCGAGCGCCUCAACGCCGCCAUCUUGGCGCACUCGGGGGGGGCGGGCCCAGACCUGGAGUUCCUGGAGGUGCUGACCGAGGGCCUGGGGCCGGUGCUGCUCGUCAGGGACGGCGACGGCGACGGCGACCAGUGCUCCCAGUAUGGGACUGGGAACGGGACUGGGGAGCCCUGA